AUGGAAAACAUCUUGGGCAGUCACCCGCAAGUUCGGUUGUCUGCGGAUGCGGUAAAAUUGACCGCCGAUUUGGACUUGGCUGACCCUAAAUUCGACCUACCUGGCACGGUCGAUUUGUUGCUUGGCGCCGAUGUACUGGGCAAAAUAUUACUCGGUAAGGAUCGUGUUUUGCAGCCAGGUGGCUUAGUAGCCCUCCGGACCAUAUUUGGGUUCGCAUUGAUGGGGCCUGUAUUGAGGGCUCCCCCUCCUGCUGAACCUGGAACGGCUUUGAUGGUGGGCUCCGCCCUCUCUGACGCCGUGCAGAGAUUUUGGGAAGUGGAAGAGCCACCACAAGCACCCCGCUCUGAUCCGGAACACGAGGAGUGUGAACGGUUCUACAAGAGCAACACCAGUUAUCUUCGUUCUGGCCGGAUCAUGACAAGAUUGCCAUUUCUUGCCGUACGACCGCCCCUUGGCGACUCGCGGCCUACUGCAGAGAAGCGUUUGUUGGCAAUGGAACGCCGCAUGAGCAGGGACCCGCUACUCAAAGAGAAGUAUAUUGACUUCAUGCGGGAGUAUGAAGAUUUGGGACACAUGUCUGUGUCAAAAUUUGAUUGGCGCUCGUUGGAGCAUUUUUUCCUCCCACAUCAUGCUGUGAUAAAGCCGUCAAGUGGCAAGCUGCGCACAGUAUUUGAUGGUUCUGCGCAGACCACAUCGGGAGUGUCCUUGAACCAGUGUCUUCAUUCUGGUCCCAAAUUGCUUAAGGACCUUUGUGACGUCAUCACGCGGUUUCGGCGUCACCAAUUCGUUUUCGUAGCUGACAUCAAGAUGAUGUUCAGGCAAACGGUAAUCCACCCUGAUGAUCGUCGAUACCAGCUGAUAUUGUGGCGGGAAAACCCGCAAGAUCCCAUACUUGUCUACGAACUCAACACGAACACAUACGGGCUGCGGUCUAGCCUCUUUUUGGCCAUACGUUCGCUUUGGGAGCUCGCAGAUCGAGAGCGUAUGUCGUUUCCUCGCGCAGCCGCCAUUUUGAAGGAGGACCUAUAUGUUGAUGACAUAUGCACUGGUGCGUCCACGGAGAGAGAGGCUCUCCUUUUGCGUGACGAAUUGAUUGGCAUUGGCAUGAAUUGCGUAAAUGGAUCUCCAACUUACCUGCGCUCUUGGAUGGGCUACCUGAUGACCACCAGCAGGAUCCUCACCUAUUUGAGAACCGUGACAAUCCUACCAUGA